CCGCUGAAGGUGGAAAACAAAGCGCAGACAUGCUCGCGUGAAACUGUCAGACGAGUUGAGGCGAUAUUCGCGUGGAGCCCGCGCCGCUGGUCGUUAGCGCGCCUUGAUUUCUGUCCGUUUCCACGAGAGCCGGGGGCAUGACGACAUCACGGCGCGUCUGACCACGCGAUGAAAUGAACUGCGUGCGCGUGUUAUUUCCACAGACAAGAUUUCUUCGUUGUUUACCUUCAGUUUUUUGGGGUUGUUUUUAAAGUAUAUGAAAACGCUAAUUAUAUAUAUUACCUUACGGAAUUGUACUGUAGUAAAUAUUAAAACGUGUUUAUAUUUGUGAAUAGAUGCUCAUUUUGCACCUUGCGCGUUCGCUGUUGUUUUUCGCUGGUCACCAUCGCAACGGGAGGAGCGCGAGACAUCCGGAGCAACGCGCAGCCUGAGAAACUCCGUUAAUCGCUCGUUUCUUUUUUUAUAAGUAUUUUAUUCGUCGUAGGUUAACCGUGAAGAAAGAUUUAACCGAAUUGUGGUAAAACCGAGGUACCUCGCCGGAGCGUCACAGCCCACAGAGUCCCGCGCCCCAGAUGUCACGGAGUAAAUGAGUCUGGCGUUACUUUACCGGACGGCGGAUCGUUUCUGAAGGCUUACAACACGCAAACGACCCCCUCACGCACGCGUGGAAACUGUUAACCGUUAUUUGGAUAGUAGUGUCGCCGAGCGUUCUCUAGAAAUAAUCGUUCGCUCGUAACGCGCUCGUGAGGUUUUGAGUCUCAUGAAGUUCUCCAGAGCUCGCGCGUCGCUGCGUGGUGCCGCGCGUGUUGGGCGCGCGGCGGAAAGGUCAGCUUGAGCUCGAGACUCCCCGCGGGACUGAGGCGACAGAGCGCGAGGAUGCCGGUGAGACGCGGACACGUCGCGCCGCAGAACACUUUCUUGGACACCAUCAUCAGAAAGUUCGAGAGUCAAAGCAGAAAAUUCGUCAUAGCCAACGCUCGAGUGGAGAACUGCGCCAUCAUCUUCUGUAACGAUGGCUUCUGUCACAUGUGCGGCUACAGGCGCGCUGAGAUCAUGCAGAAGCCAUGCACCUGUAACUUUCUGUACGGGCCGCACACCAAGAGGCUGGCGAUCGCGCAGAUGGCGCAGGCGCUGCUGGGCUCUGAGGAGAGGAAGGUGGAGAUCGCGCUCUACAGGAAGGACGGUGUGUGUUUACUGUGUUUAGUGGACGUGGUGCCGGUCAAGAAUGAAGAUGGCGUGGUGAUCAUGUUUAUCCUGAAUUUUGAGGUGAUGCCGGACGAUACAUUUCACGAACCACAAGAUCUCAAUCACAAGCUUCCUCUUCUGUGGCGUCAUUCAAAUCGCGCUCGAGGGAUCCGUCUGCGUCUGCCUCUCCUACACUACCGGAACAACAGUAAAUCUUCUCUGCGGGAGGACCCCGAGGCUGGCCGGGUAACGGCUCUCCCCACCACCUCCCGCCCAGAAAACCACGAGUCUCUCGCUCUCGGUGAGCUGCUCUCUCUUCCAGAGCACGAGCGGUCUCGCCGGACCCCCUCCGCGGCGUGCACCCCGUCCUCUCUCCUGCCCGAGGACCAGCGUAACCUCCUGGGCAGUGACCCCGGCUCACCUCCGCCGGCCCCACCCCAUCCUACCACCCUGCCCCUGGGUCAUUCCUCGCCCCGCCCGCAGCGGCUCAACCCGGACGCCUCGGUGUCCAACUGCAGCCUGACGAACAGCCGGUCGCGCGAAAGCUUUCACAGCAUGCGCCGCGCGUCUUCAGUGGACGACAUCGAGGCCAUGAGGCCCGAAUGGGACCGGAAGCACCGAACUCGCCCCACCAGCAGCAGCACGGGUGCCAUGAACAACAGGUCGCGCAUCUUAAACUCUACCUCCGACUCUGACCUCAUGCGUUACCGCGCCAUCAGUAAAAUCCCUCAGAUCACGCUCAACUUUGUUGAUUUUAAAGCGGACCCUCUCAUCGCCCUUCCGGCCGGAGAGAUGGACAUCCUCGCACCCUGUAAACUCAUCGACCGCACGCACAACGUCACAGAGAAAGUCACUCAGUUCUGCCACAUCGCUCGUAAAAACGGCGUGGAUAAGAGGGUGCUGACUGGAGCCGGACGAGCCCGUGAUCUUUCUGAGAUCUCUCACGUGAGGGAAGAACUCCCUGCUAAAGGUUCCUCACGCGGGGCAUGAGUUGAUGUCUGAGAUCAUGCGGUGCGGUAUCAGAGGAGUCCUCUCGCCCCAGCAGCCCAUUGGCGGUGGCGUCUGUGGUGGUUGGCGGGCGUAACGGCAGCGGCCCGAUGCGGCGCUGAGGAUCAUGGUGGGAACGCUGGUGCUGAAGCUGUUGACCGAGGUGCUCCAGUGCUCCCCGCUCUCAUGCCGCUCGGUGAGUCCGGCAUCACCAGCUGCAUCCGCUGGGACAUCACCAACGUUCCCCGUCUGUCCAGCGAGAACACU